UCACCAUUCAAAAAAUCAUAGUUUACUACGUACCCUCAACAAUCAAAGAAUCAUGCUUUCUUUUUUCAUUUUUUACUUUCUUCUAUUUUUAGCAAUCAACAAAAUUCUUUAUACCAAACUACCAUUGUUCUUGAAACUUCAAAGAACCAAAAAGGAUAUAAUAAGAAGAAGCAUGGAUAAUUUGCCACAAGAAUUGGUAUCAAACAUCCUCUCAAGGUUACCAUCAAGAGAGUUGUUGAAAACCAAAUGUGUUUGCAAAUCAUGGUAUAAUCUUAUAACUAAUCCUUAUUUUACAACCAAUUACUAUUCUUUCCACAACAAAAUCCAUAGCCAUAAUCUCUUAGUCAUUCAAAGACCCUUAAUUUCUAGCCUCAAAACUAACAUUUCUCUUCUUUCUCCCACUUUAAACGAUCCAAAAAAUCAUGUUUCAUCUUCUCUUAUAAAUCUUCCUAAAGAAUACAUUUCUGACCAUAAAUAUUGGUCAGAAAUCAUAGGACCAUGCAAUGGCAUUUACGUACUUCAAGGAAAUCCAAAUGUUAUGAUGAAUCCUUCUUUAGGACAGUUCAAAACUUUACCGGAAUCUCAUUUGAUAGAUUCUUCAAAUGGUAUUUAUUCUCUCACUGAUUAUGCUAGUUUUGGUUUUGACCCUAAAACUAAUGACUACAAAGUUAUUGUCCUAAAAGAUGUUUGGUUAAAGGAAACAGACGAAAGACAAAAAGGGUAUUGGACAAGUGAGUUAUAUAGUCUUAAUUCAAAUUCUUGGAGAAAGCUUGAUUCUAAAGCUCUUCCUCUUCCUAUCGAAAUACGCAGUUCGUCGUCUCAAGUUUAUACUUAUGUGAACCAUUGUUGUCAUUGGUGGAGCUUUGUUAAUCAUGAGAAUUCUUUAGGUACAAAACAAGAUUUUGUGUUGUCAUUUGAUAUGGUCAAUGAAGUUUUUAGAAAAAUUAAAGUACCAAGAAUAUGUGAGUCUUCAAAUGAAACAUUUGCAACAUUAGUACCCUUUGAGGAAUCUUGUACAAUUGGUGUCAUUGUAAGAGGAAAUGUGAAGAAACAUUUUGAUGUUUGGAUGAUGAAAGAUUAUUGGAAUGAAGGGUCUUGGAUUAAGCAAUAUAGUAUUGAUCCUAUAGAAUUAGUGAUUAAUCAUAGGUUUAUGGGGGUAAUUGGGAGUAAUAAUUUUCUUUGGAAAUGUAGUGAUGAUGAUGAUGGACUGGUGUUGCAUGAACAUGAGUCACAAAAAACAAGGGGUAUAAAAGUCAAUGACAAUGGAAAGUAUGAUGAUUCAUUCAGAGCUGUGGUAUACAAGGAGAGCCUUGUUUCUCUUCAAAGGGGGAAUUAAAUUAUUCAAUUCAAAUGUCCCACUAAGGGUACCAAUUCCCACCAAUGCUAUCGAUACUCGGUGAUUUAAUGGUGAUUGACGUUGAAUUUGAUAGGAAAGAUCAUUGUUCAAUUUCCUACAAUUGUGAUUGGAAGAGGCUGGAACCACUUGAUAUCAGAACUGACAUCCAAACCAAAAUUAAAAAAAAAAAAAGAAAACACGGUUCAAUAAACCGAAUACUGGUAGUGAAAAGAAAAAUGUACCACUAUGAGGGUGUAAGUUAUUUUUUAAUGUAUUCACUUUUUUACUAAUUAAUUAGUUUGAUAUGGUAGAUAAAAUAGUGUUUAAUUUUAAUAUAUGUUAUUUUCUAUUAUAUCUUUUAUCUAAAAGCAUAUAUCAUGCUGUUUAUAUAUACGGCAUGUUUGGCAAAAACAGAGUAUGAAGUCAGGGGAUAGGGAAAUGAGUUAGGUGAUUAGGUCAUAACA